CAGUCUGAGCUGUGGGAGACCCAAGUCUAGAGGCUUUGAGUCUGAAUCUCUGGGCCCUUGUCUCUAAUUGGAGUAUUUCUUGUCAGGUCUGUGGUCUCACUUUGUUGACUUUGGUCUGUAGUGCUUUCUGUGGUCUAUUUUGGGGUCUUUGGGAAUAUGGUUUUGUAGGGUGUUGGACUCUGUGAUUGGGGGGGACAAGUGUAUUUCUGUGUGAUCUUUUGUCUUGUGUAAUAUUUGGGGAGUCUCUCUAAGUUCUUGGGGUUUGAAUUGGGGGGGUACUGCUUUGUGAUCUUAAGAGGUUUUAAGAUCUCUUAGUAGACUUGGGACAUUUUUAGGCUAGGCUUCUGGGGGCCUGAGCCUUGUCCUCUUGGGUGGACUGGCCCUGGGAGGGAGGGGGGGAGAAGAUGGGAUAGUUAUCAUGCUAAUGGCCUCACUGGGGGAAGAGGGGAAGUCCUGUAGCCUGGCUGCCUUGAAGUGCAGCCUAUGAUCAACCCCUCCCCCCAGGGGUGGGCUAGUAGCCCUGAGACGGUCUAGGGGGGGAGUUGGGAGAAAGUGAACUGACAGUUCCCGGAAACCUAUUCAUCACCCACCCAAGGUAGUGAGUGACCUUGGGGAAGGCAAGAAGAGUUAAAACCUUUUUUUUUUUCUUUCCUCUUUUGCAGCCAUAAGUAGGUGACCUUAGGACCUAUAACCUGGAAUGUUGGCCACUGGCUCUGAGAUUGGGGAGGUAGGGUAUGUUUGGAGGAAGCAGGAUUUAACUUGGCCUCCUCCAGAUAUGAAAGACAGUCCCUAGGCUGGAGGAGGUGGGGAUGAAAGAGGGCUCCCUAGGGUUUGUGAAAGAGCUGGUGGGGGUAGAGGGGAGUUGAGAGCCAGCCUUCAAAGGCCUAAACUUAUAGUGUCAGGGAUUGAAAGGAGAGAGGCUUUCCAGUUUUCUGAGGGGAUUUGAGGUGGGGCUGCUUCCUAAAAGCUCCUUGUAGCCCUGCCCCUUCCCCCAGCCUCACCUAGGGCUAUGAUCUCUCCCCCCAGGCAGCCACUUUUAAAAACUGUGUCAUUGUGGUCCACCAGGGUUCUAAUGGCUUCUGCUCUGACCUGGAGCCCUGGGGUGGUGGGGAGGGCACAGGUCCUAUGGAGCCUGAAGUACUCUUAGGGGAGGGUGCCAGACCAGGUAGCCAGGGAUUGGACUGGAAAGCCUUGAGCAUCAGGCAUGAACAUUGAUUCGAUAUUUCUCAACUGCCUCACAAUCCAAUUUGAGAGAUAAGACUCUCAUCACAAUAUGGGACUGUGUGAGUGAGGCUUACAUUUAUAUAGUGCUUUAAUAUUUACAAAACACUUUUACAUUUUCUCUUUAAAACCCUGUGAGGUGGAUAGUGCAAGUGUUGUCUCUCCAUUGAAGAAACAAAGAGGCUCAGACAGGUAAAUGACUUUCUUCCUAAGGUCACAUGGCUAGUAACUCAAAGCUAGGUCUCCUGACUCCUUGAUGCAGCCAAAUUUCCACUACAUCAAACUGCCUUCCUCUCAGGGGUGGAGGUGGGAAAGUGUAAGAGGAGAUCAAGGUGGGGGAUCAGUGUGAACCUGGGUGGUCAAGGAAUGCCUGCUGAAUGAGAUAGGACUUCAGCUGGAUCUUGGAAUGGUUUUGAUAGUAUGAGAUUGGGAAGUGGAAGACUUUCCAGGAGAGAAAACAAUCAGCUGAGGCUCAGCAAAGGCAAGGUUUUGUAAGCUCCUGGAGGGCAGUGUCUCUAGUUCCUAACCCAAUUCCUUGCACUUAGCAGCACUUAAUAAACACUUGUUGAAUUGGAUCUCAAAUGGCAUGGCACCUCUUACCAUACUUAUUCUGUAUUUUGUAUUACAGUUAGGUGUGUAUAGGUUAUAUCCUGCUUUAGUAGGCUUCUGACUAGGAACCCUGUCUUAUUUAAAUUUGACAGAGUUCUGCACCCAACUAGGCUUUUAAUAAUUUUCAUUGAAUUAAGUCGCUUUAGAGACAGUGAAUAGAUUAGUUUGACUGGGCACCUGGCUGGUAUAGGAAAGCAGUGAGAAAUCAGGGGCCAAUUCCUGGGAGACUGAGUGCUGGACUGAGGAUUUUGGUGCUGGUUCUGGAGCCAUUGUAGGUUUUUUAAGAAGGGGAAAUGAUGUAAUCAAAGCUAUGCUUGAGGAGGAUUAAUCUGGCACCCCAGUGCAGAGAAGAUUGGAAGAGAAGGCCUGUUUAGGAAGCUUGCCUCAGGAUGUCUAUUAAGAUUGUUGAAGUUAGCGAAGUGAUUAGAUGGAGGGGAGCUAAGGAAGAAGGAGGCUCAGAGAUAACUGGCUUUGGAUAUAGAUAAAGUCAGGUGGCUUGGGUUUGGGGGUGGUAGGGGAGAUGUGGGAGGUGAGUUUGGGACAUCUUGACUUUGAGUAGAGGUAGUCAUCCUGUGGGCUUGUCUCACAGACAUGUGGAGAUGCUGCCCUGAACUAUGGGGGGAAAAGCUAGGCCUGCAGAGAUGGUCUUAAAGGACAGGAUAUUUAUUAUGCAAGAAGAUCCUGGGUUUUAUGGUCCCUAGGGAAGUAUCCAGGGAUCUCUGGGGCCCACAGAUUUUGUGUCUGCGUCUUCCUCCACCCCAGGUUAAUGAUUCUGAGAUUUGAAGGAACUUUAUCAGCUGCGUGUCUGGCCUCUGGCUGGAGAGAAAUUCUGGGAGGUGGCAAGCCCCACCCAGUCCUCCCUGAGGGAGAGGGAGGUAUCUGUUCUGAUCUGCCCCUCCCUUUAGCCACUUCACCUUCUCUCCCAUUCUCUGUCCCUUAAUAAUAACCUCCCCAUGACCUUGUGACGUCCCUUGCCUUCUUUGAGUGCCUCAGUCUCACAUCUUGGCAGGGGGAGAGAAAGGGAAAGGGGGAGAGGGACCUCCUUUAUCAAGGAACAGUAGUCAUUAGGUGGUAAAGUUUUAGUACUAAUCAGGAUGGGGAAGGAUUAUAAGAAAGGCUAGAUUAAUUGUGUAGGUCUCUGUAGGUGGGUGUUUGUUUCACCUAUAUCUGCAUGUACGUUUCUAUCAGCUUGUGCAUGUGGGUUUCCAUGAAUCUAUGGGUCAGUGCCCGUAUAUGUGAAUGUGUGCUUUGGUCUGUGUCAUAUGCAUAUGUUUUUGUGUGUGGAUCUGUUUUGUCUAUGUGGAUGUUUGUGUGUCUGUCUGGUGGUGUCUGUGUCUUUGUGUGUUCAAUCCACAAGUGGUUACUGGGCCUUUAGCACACAUGUCAUUUUACCACAGACCCCCAAAGAGGCCCUGGGGUUUUUUUGGGGGGAAGAGUGGUCUUGAGUUCUCCUCACCUCCCAGGUCAGCCCCCCAGCUACUCAGGGCCAUUAGACAAAUUGUUAUUUGCAUUAACAAGUGUGUCAGGGAAAGGCCAGGAACGGCCCCAGCAAUUGUCCCUGACUGGCACUCAGGCCUUUAUGGUGGGGCUCCUGGAGCCUGCAUUUUUAGGAGCCCUGAAUCCCUAGGGGAGGCCCAAUAAGGCUCUAAACACCGGUAAAUAAUGCCUCCUCCUUGCCUCCCACCAGUGCAGAGGUUGGGUGGGGGAAGGGGGCGGGGUUGGAGGUGGAGUUAAAAGCAAGUAAGUCCCCCACUCAAUGAACCUCUACCCCUGCCCCAGCCAAAGGAUACCCAAGUUCAUUCUCAGCCCCCUCCUCUCUAUUGUUUUAAAGGGCCAAUAGCUGGGAUGCUAUUAACAUAAUGAUUGAAAGCUCUAGGGCCCUGGGUGGGAGGGGAGGGGUCAGGCUUGUCCCCCAGCACUAGCAUCGACUACAGAGUCUCCUCUUCAAAAUCUGAGGGGGCCUUGCCCCCCUGUGCACUCUGAGGUCCAAGUGCCUACACUUCCAGUCCAGUCCAGUCCAUCGAUCAAGCACCAGUAGCUACGGCUCUACGUCCGCGCCCAGGACCAAGACGAAGAGGCAAAGAAGCCAUCCCAUCAGAGAGGGAAGGUCUGGGUCCUACCUUCAGCUACAGCCAGCCAAGUCAAGCUGGGCAUGUUUAACCACGAGGGGCUGCCUCCAGGCAACUUCAGCCUGGGCCAGGGUACGAUGCCCGAUGGGUCCUCCCACUAUGGUAAAAGUGGCUACGUCGGGGGAAGCGCUCCAAGACCAUCCCAGCCCCAGCCACAAUCCCAGACCUUCUUUACCUUCCCUUCAGCAGUGAAGAGUGAGUACAGCUUGGAGGGACCCUCGACCCCCGACUCCAGCCAGACCAAGGGGUGGUAUGCCUUCUCAGCGCCCCCACCCCCAGCUGAAGCCGGGCAGGUCAGUGCCUCCCACAACCUUCACCUCAUGCCACCCAAAGAGGAAGACUCAUCCUGCUCUUCCCCUUCCUCAUCAUCCUCUGGGGCUCCUGAUCGGGACCUCAGGGAGACCGAAGCUAAGUACUGCGCCCAUCCGGGCCCAGCCUACUACGCGCCUGCCUGGACGGGGCCCUUCUGGCCGGGCCUGGGUAGCAGUGGCUCAGUUCCCACUGGGGCUCUGCCAGGUCCCCCUCUCCCUCCUCACCCUCUCCAGGCUCUGGGGACCUUUCCGGGUCCCAGGCCCCUUUACCCAGCCCCUCUCCAGCAGCCCCAGCCAGGACUGGGCAGCAGCAGCAGCAGCAGCAUCGGCAGCAGUAGCAGCAUCGUCAGCAGCAGUAACGUCAGCAGCAGUGUCAGCAGCACCAGUGGUUCAAGUGGGGCAGCCAGUGAGGAGGGCAUCCCGUCUAGUGAUAGUGGAGAGGAGGACACCCCAACCUCCGAGGAACUGGAGCUGUUUGCCAAAGAACUGAAACACAAGCGAAUUUCCCUGGGUUUCACUCAGGCUGAUGUGGGCAUGGCCUUGGGCACACUGUAUGGAAAGAUGUUCAGUCAGACAACCAUCUGCCGGUUUGAAGCUCUGCAAUUGAGCUUUAAGAAUAUGUGCAAAUUGAAACCACUACUUCAGAGGUGGCUGCAGGCUGUUGAGAACACCGACAACCCUCAGGAGAUGUGCAGUAUGGAACAAGUGCUAGCCCAGGCCCGAAAGCGUAAACGUCGUACAAGUAUUGAGACCAGUGUGAAGGGGACCCUAGAGGGCUUCUUCAGGCGUUGUGGGAAGCCCACUCCACAGCAAAUCUGUGACUUGGCAGAAGAGCUGCACCUGGACAAAGAUGUGGUUCGAGUAUGGUUCUGUAACCGAAGGCAGAAGGGUAAGCGGCUUCUUCUGCCCUAUGGGGAAGAUGGCGAAGCAUUGCCUUAUGAGCUGGCCCCAGGCACUGCCCUUGUCUUGCCAACUGCUGCUGUACCCCAGAACUAUGCAGCACCCCCGCCACCUGUGCCCCCUGCACUCUAUAUGUCUACCUUUCCUAAGGGUGAGCCCUGCAUCCCAGGCAUGCCCAUGCCUAAUGGGGGCAUCUGAGCCAGGAUCAGCAUUAUAGGAACUUACUGGGGGCUCAGGAUGCCUCUUGCUUCCCCCUUCCUUCACUUGCCCUGUCCUGUUGACUGGCCAUUGUCUGAGACACAAAUGAUCAGGCCUUUGCCCAACCCCAGAUUCUCUUUCUGCCCCUCCAUUGCCUGUAUCUACGUUUUUUUGGGCAUCUGAAAAACAAUAUUCAGGUCUUUUUUUCUCCCCCUUCUUUCACCUCACACUCCCAAACUUGUGAUGGUUUGGGAGCCAGUUUGGAAAUAAAAGUUGGGUGGUAACUGA